AGUAGAGCAAUUCGGAUCAUUGCUAUCGCGUAGCUUUUGUUUCGCUUUAUUUCUUUAAUUUUCGUUAUUUGUUCGGUUUAAAGUUUGUUUAGUUUUGUGUAUUCAGUUUCCGAAAAACUGUUGCGUAUAUAGAACAGACGACUAGUUUCGGGCAAAUGCUGGAAAACUGUGUUUGAAAACAGACCCAUUUUUUUUCUCGGGCUCAAACCUCACAGCCAGUGAUCGUGCGCUGUGUGUGUAUUCGGGCAGAAGAAUUCAGGACACUUAGCAGAAGAGAGAGAGAUCGGUGUUGUCGUUAACAGGCUAGCACGCUUGAAUCGAAAAGGUGAGAGCGAGAUGACAUCGCACUAGUCAUCGUCGUCAUCAGUUUUGUUUCGGGCCAUCGGAGCCAACAUAAUGGCAAGGCAACGCACACAUGCACUCUCGUGCGAGAGUCGGAAAUGUGUUUCAAGCUGUGUGUGUAGUUCAGAUUGAUGAUUGAAAGGUCCAGCCCUAUUUUGUUCAUUAUGUUAGCUAUGUGCUACGUCGUCGAGUUGCUGAUCACACUGAUGAUAUGAAUAUUACGAGCAUAACGAUGACGAUACUCCUACCCAAUCUACAAGAAGCAAUGCACACAGCGAGGAGAUCUAUGUGAAAAAAAUGUUUGCGAGUUAAAUGGGAGUUUAGCAACAUACGCCUGCAGAUUUAACAGUGAAUCAUCAACGAGACUGUCCGGGAAAACUAACGUUAUUUUGCCACAACGGUUGAUUCAAAACAAAUGGAGUCGGGGUUUUUGUUUAACAAAAUAUUCUCGUUGAUUCUCCGAAGCACCUUACUAAAUGUGAAACAAAGUGAUAAAGUGUAUGAAAUCUUAUAACAAAAUAAAAGUGUUUUUGGGAGAACGAACGGUCCAAAGUCUUGAUCAUGGAGGGCUAGUGCUGGUGUUAUUAUAACUGCAAAUUGUUAUUCCCUCACAGUCAUUAAACAUUCGUUGAAGAGCUCUGUUUUUUUUUGUAAUCUAAAAUCAAGGAUAACCAUGAUUUAGUGUCAUUUACACGAAAUCAGUGAGGAAAAGGAAAAAAAAAAAUUACCACAAACCAACCAACCAUGGGGGACACGAAAGUGAAGCAGUCGUAUUUUGGAUCGGCGCCUCACCAGCAGGCAACAACUUCAAAAGCCGUCAUGGCACCUUCCGUGAUGGACGGUCAGAAAGGGAGUCCGUCGAAUUUGAAAAACUCACCGACAGUUAAGGAAGAUGUGGUGGGUAAAAGUCCUACCAAGUACGAUCUGUUGAAGGCGCGUAAGGCCGAACUAGAAGCAAAGUUGAAUGAAAAGUAUGCUCAGCUGCAACAAAUCAAACGUGAAGAGGCUCAGCUUAUUGGAAUGUAUCCAAGCGAUUUUAGCGCUGGAGUUGGUAGUCAGGAUCAAAAUGGAACAGCACCAACGUUGAGGCGGAAGAUUGGUACAAGCUUCAAAUUGCCAGAAAAUUUAUUGAACAACAAGGAAGACGACAUAAACAAACUCCUCUUGGAGAAACAGAUUCAACAACAAAUAUCAGAAGCAUCCCUUAGGUUAGCUAACGAUACGUCACAACCCAAGUCAGUUCGAAGGACUCACAAACAAAAUUAUGACACAGCUCAACAGAAAUUGUUAGCGAUUAAUCAGAAUCUGAGCGUUCUGAAGAAACGACAACAGCAGAUAGCAGAACAGCAAAAGCCACCCCCACCUUCUACCAGAGACGAUAUAGAUCUUCACAAGAGCCAACCCGUGAACAGAUUUCGAUCAAACAGCAACAGCAGCAGCAUGAUGUUGGUUCAUAUGUCAGAGCGACGUAACUCGAUCAAAUCCAACACGUCCUCUAAUCAUUCCAACAGUCUGCACAACACCUCCAUGGGUUCCGUGACUAAGCAGCAACAACUUAUGGUUGAUAUACCGAGUCAACAUACAAAUCACUAUCAUUCGCAACAAAUAUCGCCUUAUUCCAUACAUUCUGGAAUGCUCUCUGUCAUGCCUUCUGGUUCGCAGAGCAUGACGCCAGCCGCCUCGGCGGCAAUGGUAUCGCAAUUGAAUAUUUUAAGACAGCGCGCUCGGCACGAUAGCUUCAGUGGUAUGAUAAACUAUGACAUGGCCGGAUCCAUCGAUUUAGCCAAGAUGUCUCCCGUAAGUAAUGGUAGCACACAUCAUCAGCACGUCCAUCCUCAUCAGCAUUUUCAACCACAACAACUGCAGCAGCAACAGCGACAAUCCCAACCUCCAACGACGACUGUUCCGGGAGGUCCAAACAGGUUGAACAAAAUAAUCCAUCAACAAUUGCAUAGCCACAGCCCACCGCCCCCAGGCCAUCUUUCCCAUUCCAACAGUUCCGGAUAUGUGCUCUCACCGCCGGCAAGUGCUUCUUCAGCCAUUUCCAGUCAAGCCUUUGUUUAUGAUUCUAAGCUGAUUUCGCGACAUCAACCACCUGUUCCUCAACCUCAACAACCGAACGAUCAAAACUCCAACACAACAGCCAACAGUAGUUACGAAAGUCAACAUGAGGUGACUCCCGGGCUGGGCGGCUACUGGAUGAUGCUGGAAACCGGUGAAAAGGUUUGGUGUGCAGUAGACAAUCGAUUUUCCAGCUUGGAUCGGAAGCAAGGGGGCAGCAUGAAAGUGUCCCGAUCCAAACCAAAUCCACUGAAUCACGCCGCACCCACCAAGAGCAACUCGAUGGGUAACUUCGAUUUUAUCAACAAACAGCAGCCUUCGGAAUGUUCAAUUCAACCUGAUGCUAUAUCUGUAACAUCCGGCUCAAGUGAACAUAAACGACGGGAGAAGGUUUGGAGAGAGACUUCUCUAGAUACUCCAGUUAUCAGACAUAAAACUCUUCCAUCUCCAACUUCUUCAAUAGCCAUGACUGUACCUUUGAGUCCUCCGGCUUAUCCUCAACCACCUCCUCCACCUCAACAGCAUCAUGCACCGGUGCAAACUCCUCUACAUGUUAAUACUUCCGGAGGGUAUAUAGUUUCGCCUUCGUCACCGUUACUGCUGUCACCCCAGCAGAUGAGAUAUUACCAGCAAAAACAGCAGCAGAUUUUAGAACAGCAAAGGCAGCAACAGCAAAGAAUAAAGCAACUAGAGGAACAAAAGCACCAAGCAUAUCUCAUCGAGCAACAGCAGCAGCAAAUUCUACACCAGAAACUGCUUCGAUCUCCUCAAUCGCUGAAGCAAGCUCAAAUGUAUCACGCUCAACAACAUCCCAGCCAACAACACUUGGACCUGCUGCCACAUCCUUCCCAGCUCUAUGACAGAGAAAAUCAAAAUAUUAUAAACCAGUACAGUCACUCCCAGGAUUAUCCUCCUCCCAACAAUCUUUCCUCCCGUCAUCCAGAUUUACUCAUAUCUCCAACCCUGUCCGCUUCUUCAUCGCAUACCUUAACAUCCCCAACACUACGGCAGCAGACCUCAGUAUCGCCUACACCAUCCACUGUUACAACAACUUCAGCGGGACCCAAUGUGACAGCGAUCAUCCAUUCAACUCCGGACAUCCAAACAGAAUCGCCCAAAAACGUUACCAUCGUUCAGCAAGGCAAGAUACUACCCUACAAGGAGGUUAGCAAACCGUUCGAGAUGUCUGACUUCUACAAAUACUCCACCAAGUUCCGCCAGAAACAACAACAGCAACAACAAAGCCACCAAUUGGGUAUGGGACAGCAUCAUCACAACCACCAUCAGCAGUUCGAUCUACCUAGUCCGAAUGGUAACAGCUCCGGUGGCCUCAACUCCUCCGGUGGUCCCAACGGAGGCGAAAUGAUCCAGAAAGUAGUGUAUCAACCACCCAAUCCCUCGAUAUGCCACCCUAUCAACUACAAUUGAUCCGUUCAAUACUUUCAACAGAGAGAAGCUUUGCAUGCCGGACGUUCCUUGUUAAUGUCGAUCGUUUGAAACGAAUAUAGCGUUACACAACAAAUACAAAUACACCUACUGUACCAGUUAGUCAGCGUACGAUUUUCCGGGAAGAAAAUUUAAUCGCAAGACUGAUAAAACAAAUAGAAAAAAAUGAUAGGAUGAUGACACGCGCUAGAUUGAUUAACACUACAGUAAACUGUUAUCUGUGAACCCACUUGUUUUUGUUUGUGUUUUUUUUUGUAAUACAGUCAUAUGCCUUGUCUAGUUCAUACUCGUCAUCAUUUAAACUAGAAUUUAGCCUUAAAAAAGUGCUCACAAGCUGACGUCAAGAAUGGGUUUCAACUAACUUUACGGUGUUAAUCAAUUCUAGCACGUCAUCAAAUGCUAAAAAAUAUUCAUUUUGCUAUGAUAAUUUAAAAAACAAAAACAAAAAGAGCCAGGAACAAAUAGAAUCCUUUUCGUUGAAGCGAACAACAUCAAUCGACCACCACUAAUAUCGAAACCCCUCAUUGGAAAACGUGAUAUUUUAGAGUAGGAAGGUAGAAGUCACACCACACAACAGUCGAACAGAAAAAUACGAUAGGUACCGUUUUUUUUUUGCUGUUGUUGGUGGUGUUGUGCUUCUUUAUAGCACCCAGGAAUAACAAUAAUAGCUUACAAUGAUCGAAUGCAUUUAAUUACAAACUGCGCGAACUCUGCCAAUCAAAAUUCACUCUACUGAGCUGCAAAACAAGACUGCGUUUUACACAUUUUGAUAUGCUUACAUAUAGAUCACGCUAUCAAUCAGACAAUCAAGCCUUUCUUAUAAAUAAUCGAGUUGUUGAGCUAUAAGUACUUUGUAUAGAUAGACAUAAAAAAAUCACUGAAUAGACAUCGGCCUUAUUUUUGCAAACUAAGCAUAUAGCUACUAGAAAUUGAGAGCGGAAACUGUUUGUAGGAAUAUAUUUUGAACAGAACUGAAAAGUACCUUUAUCUUUACAAAUGUGUACAUUAUAUAGUUAAGUUUACCGGUAGUCGCGUUAUCGGAUAAGUUUGUUUCAAAGGUGAUUUUGUCACGCGUUGCGCUUUCAGAAGAAAAAAAAAACGAACGAGACAAUAUAAAGAGCUAGUUUAAAUAAGAAACAUGACUGUAAAUACAGAUACUCUAAAGUGGUUAAUUUGUUUUAAGCUACAACCUUUCGUGUGGAAGGUUUCCUGUUUGCUAUACUCUAGUAGUAGUUAUCAACCGGAAUA